AUGGGCGAUACAAUGCCUAUAGGUUACAAAUGGCGCUCUUCAACAUGGUUCAUUGUCACGACUGUUGCGAUCGCCUUGUUUAGUGAAACAUUCCUUUACGGUUUUCUUGUCCCCAUCCUAGGCCAUAUGCUCCGAACUCGACUGCAUAUCGAUUUCUCUAAGAUUCAAGAGUUUACUUCUGCUGUUCUCGCCUUAUAUGGCGCUGCCGCGGUCAUCUCCGGUCCUAUUAUCGGACAUUUCGCUGAUAAGACCUCUAAUCGCAAAAUUCCAUUGUUACUAUCUCUCAUCGGUUGCAUUUUAGGGACUGGUAUGGUUGCUGGCGCCUAUUCCGUCACUGUACUCUUCAUAGGUCGUGCGUUGCAAAGUGUCUCUGGGUCUGCGGUGUGGAUUGUCGGUCUUGCAACCGUCGCGGAUGCCGUCGACCAAGAUAAAAUGGGCAGAGUGAUGGGGGCGAUGAACUCCUUUGUCAACUUUGGAAUGAUUAGUGGGCCUGUGGUCUCCGGGUUACUGUUGGAUAUUGCUGGAUACUGGAUAACCUGGUCGGUUCCACUGCUGGUUUUGUCUCUAGACCUUAUGGCACGUCUGUUGAUGGUCGAGCGUACAUUGGAGCUUUCUUCGAAACCUGAAGAUACAACCGAGACCACUAGCCUUCUUUCUUCGGAGGGAAACCCUCCAACUCCAUCCACAACAGAUAGCUUCUGGCGCAUUUUGUUAUGUGACAGUCGUGUGCUCGCGGUCUUGCUCGUUACAACCACAAGCGCAGCCGUUGGCACCAGCUUCCAUGCGACACUUCCCCUGUACGUGCAGGAGACUUUUGGAUGGAAGUCAGGUUCUGUUGGUCUGAUGUUUUCUUGUCUCAUCUUUCCGAGUCUGGUGAUUAGUCCCCUCGCGGGAUGGGUCCGUGACCGUGUCGGGGUUAGAAUGCCUGCCGUAGUAUCGUUGAUCCUACAGGCAGGGGCGCUGGGCAUGCUGGGUAUUGGCGGGAACGAUCAAUUCGCCUGGGCUAGCAUUCAUAAUCGCGGCGAGAUACUUUACAUAUUGUCUAUUAUUGCUAUAGGUACAUUACGGCCGUUCGUUUCUAAUAUCGGAACCGUUGAACUAGCCGGGAUCGUCAAAGCGCACCAGGAAAAGUCACCCGGUAUAUUUGGGCCAGAGGGGGGUCUUUCCCGUGUAUUCUCCAUGACUGAUGUUGCUACUUCUCUUGGAAUGGCUAUUGGCCCUGUCGUCAGUGGUUCCCUGAAAGAGUUGGUAGGCUAUACAUAUAUGAAUUGGACGUGCAGACUGCUCUGA